GCUGCCUUGAAGCGUAGGAAAAUUGUUUUUGAGGAUGCUAGUGACUCUGUUCUGAAGGUGCAGCCUUGGAAAAAGAUUCUAUCCAGCUACACAAUGAAUCAUCAAGACCGAAUAGCUAUUAAUUGUACUUUGGAUAAGCUGCUAGCAACGACAAAGUAUCAUGUUUUGCGCCAUGAGUGCAUACAAGAACGUUUGCUCUCCCACAACAUGAUUGAGCGAAUCGAGCAAUUGGCACUAGACGAAACAACCAGACAUAAGAGGUUAUUUGAAAAAAUAACCAAACGCGGGCCGAAGGCGUUCACGAUUUUACUCGACAUUUGCCAACGCCACUUCCCGUCCGCGUAUGGCUUGCUGAACCCAGCAUCAAACAACAACCAGAUGCACUCAACGCACAACGCAAAGCGCCAGAGAUCUAUCAGCUUCAAUGUGUUACCGAGAUCAAACACGCUACGGUGUCAGGGUGAUGUAGAAGAUGGAAAGAAUAAUCACAUUAUGUCCAGCACGCUAUCAGAAGAAAGCAAGUGCAGCUUAGAGGUGUAUCCAAACAUGCUGCCGCACACGUUUACGGUAACGCUCACCAGAAACUUAUCAUCGAUCAAUACAACUUUUGAUACACAACGCGGGCAAAACGCCAAGGUGCCAUCAUAUUCAAUGAAAAGCAGAAAUCGCGGUGUUGCGUUCAUCGUAAAUGUGAUUGAUUUCGUUAAAAAUGUACACGCUAAGCGCAAUGGAGCGGACAUCGAUGGACGCAACCUGAUUUCGAUAUUCCAGCAGCUUGGAUUUGUCGUUUUUUACUACGAAAAUAUUACGAAAUCCGACUUAGACGAUCUUCUAGUGCAACUGAAGGAGUCGGAGUAUUUAUCGUGUGAUUGCUUCGCUUUUUAUAUUCUCUCUCAUGGCGAUCAUAAGAAGGGCAGUGACUAUAUCUUCUUACAUGAUAACUCCAUACUUCUAGUGGAAGAUUUAUUAACCGAAUUCAAUACCGUCAAUUGUGCGAAGCUGAUACGGAAACCGAAAUUAUUUUUCAUCUCUACUUGCCGCGGUGUACAACCGGACCUAGGAUCCUAUCGUCUUUCUACUAACACGGAGCGCGAUGGGAUGAUUGAUCCGAAGAAACCAUUGCCAACUAAUAUUGCUACAUACUGUGACAUGCUCGUUUGCUAUGCUACUGUGCCAGGUUUUGCAGCACAUCGUGAUACUAAUACUGGUUCGUGGUUUGUCGAAAGCAUGUGCAAGGUUUGGGCCGAACAUGCACACGAUACAGAUGUGGAGAAUAUGAUGAAGCUGGUGGGUGCUUACGCUUCCACUUACCGCACAGAAACAGCAGCUCUGCAAACCAUCUGUACCGAGCAAAGGGGGUUUUUUAAACUUCUCUAUCUUAAUCCAGGAUAUUACGAGCAUGCUGCGACGUUGAUAGAAAACAGCUCGCAGCCCACGACAGAUGAUUCGGAAAAUUCUGUCUAAUUCUCAAAAUGUAUUUUCCAUUAAAUUAUAAAUCAACAAUACUACAUUUUUGUGGGAUGGCGAGGACGGGCCGCAUUUUUGUGCCGUUCCCAUAAGACGACAACGGUCGUACAAACCAGGUCGUGCGCACCCUAAUUUUUCUACUAUAAAAUGAUCAUAAUAAACGCAAAUUUAUGAUGCAGGAAA